AUGGAGGGCAACAAUCUAAUUGGGCUUGUUAAGGAGGAUGAUCAGAUAGAUUUGCCUCCAGGGUUUCGAUUCCAUCUGACUGAGGAAAAAUUAAUCACUCAUUAUUUUUCGAACAAAGUGGUUGACGCCAAUUUCUAUGCUAAAGCAAUUGGAGAGGUGGAUAUGAACAUAAUUGAGCCAUGGGAGUUGCCAAGGUUGGCAAAAAUGGGGGGAAAGAGUGGUAUUUUUUUUUGUGUAAGAGAUAAGAAGUAUACAAUCGGAAUGAGGACGAAAAGCAACGGAAGGUGGGUACUGGAAAGCUACCGGGAAAGAUAA